AUGCCCGACGACGUCGACGACUCAACGACCGAGCUCUCGGACCAUAUAUCCGAUGUCGAGGAAGACGGCGAUAUCAAAAUGACAGACAACGCAGGUGACGACACCAACGGUGAACCCAAGAAAAAGUACGAUCCCAAAGAUCCUUCGAGACCUAGACGCAAAAAGGCCAGGAGAGCGUGCUUUGCCUGCCAGAGGGCGCACUUGACUUGUGGUGACGAACGCCCUUGUCAACGAUGUAUCAAGCGCGGUCUCGCAGACGCUUGCCAAGAUGGCGUCCGCAAAAAGGCCAAGUAUCUCCAUGAUGCACCGGCCGAAGCACUACGGCCCGUGUUGGGACCAAACUACAACCCAAGCUCCGGGACCGCCACUCAGACCAACGGCAACAGACAGAACUCGACAACUUCAGAAGCUGCCAUCUCUACCCCGGGUAGCGCAUUCAUAUCGGCUGCCAGCACUGCCUCUUAUCCCGUGUAUUCGUCCACGGCCCAGGCCGGUGUGACGCUGUCUCCGAAUCUUGCCUUCAACCCGCAGACGACGGCGGCGUCGGAUCCGUUCCCAAGUCCGCAGCCUCAAAUUGGCGGCAUUCUAGGAGGAGGUGCGAUGGAUUUCAGUGCGCUAUUUGAUCCGAGCAAUCCUGCUCUCUACAACUUUGACCUAGAAGGCCUGAACUUUGGCAGUCAAUACGCUGGCUGGGAGUUUGGCAUCCUGAACAAGAUGGGUAUGGGCGCGGAUCCUUCAACGCGGGAUAAUUCAAUAUCGCAGUCGACUGACCCCGCAUACGCGUCGCUUUUCGCCAACGGCAACGGUGCCACCAUGCUGAGCGGCGAGUACGGCGGCACGGAUGCCAAUGCCAGCAUGUACACGCAAGGCAACCUGCAGCACGGUUUGCCGCACGCCUACGCCAUUGCUGCGGCACCGCAGUCGUUAGCCAGUCCAAGCACUGAUGCGACGACAAGUCCGCCCAACAAUGCCGAGGGAUCUCCCAAACCCAACAGCUUUGCGCUACAAAACGCACAUGCUGCCCGCAUCAAGACAAAACCAGACAAGGUAGCCCAGAUUCUUGGCAAACGACAACGUGACUCCGCCGGCAUCUACACGUCCGUCAAGGAGCCGUAUCCCUACACCAAAGGCUUCCACAACAUGGUGCAGGUCCUACGCGACCGUCUUCCCCACAGCAAGGUCAUUAAAGUCGCGCGGUCCUUGGCGGAAAUCCGCCCAUCUUUUAUCGCCUGUACAAAAGACCUCACCCGGGAAGACUUGGUAUUUAUGGAGAAGUGCUUCCAGCGCACGCUCGUCGAGUUUCACGACUUCCUGCAGCACUGCUGCGCACCCACUGUUGUGUGUCGCCGGUCCGGCGAGGUCGCUGCCGUGAACAAGGAAUUCACGGCGCUGACGGGCUGGACCAAGGACGUGCUGCUGGGAAACGAAGCCAACCGCAACGUGUACGGUGGGGGCGAAGGCGGCGAGGUGCUACCUCCGCGUAAUUGGAGAACGGGCGAGGCCCAGCAGCCCGUGUUUCUGGCGGAGCUGCUCGACGACGACAGCGUCGUCGAUUUUUACCACGACUUCGGCCAGCUCGCGUUUGAGGAUUCGCGCGGCAAGGUCCAGCGCAGCUGCCGUCUGAUGAAGUACCGUACGGGUGGCGCCGCGGGGGUUGGGGUCGGCGACGUCAAGCCCCUAGGGGUGACGAAUGGGGGCGGUGCCGUCAAGGCCACGGCCGGGAGUAUCCUGAGCAACCGCGUGACCAAGAUUGACGGCGAACAUGGCAUCUCGCGCAUCGAAAAGGAUGGCAAGGUGGAUUGCACGUAUUGCUGGACGAUUAAGCGUGACGUGUUUGACAUUCCGAUGAUGAUUAUCAUCAACUUCUUGCCGAGAUAUUAUCCAAACCAGGAGCCUCACCAGCUCGCUGUGUAA